CGAAUAGGAAAACCGUCGCAGUGGGCUUCUCUUUCGCGCCACACAGUCUCAGAGGUCAUAUGCUACUUGAUUUUGAUGGAGACAGAAGAAUCCAACAGAUGUGCCACACCCUGCAAAACUUUGAUAACUCAAGAUGAAGCUUUAAAUACAUCUUUUCCACCACAUUGGUCUACUCCUAUACAGGUCUAUCAUAAUUCCGGGUCUACUGCAACAACCUUUGUAAAUUCAUAUACAGCUGAUUUUUCCCUUAAUCCCAACAUUUGGGCAAACCGGAAAUAUAACAUACCACUUCAAUAUGAUUCUCAGCAUAGUAACAAGACUCUCUCCAAUCAUCUUGUAUCUGAGGGUACUUCCUUGACAAUUUCAGAAAGAGAACAAAGUAUUUUCAACGAGAAGGAAAUUGAUUCAAGGAAAUCAUGUGAUGUGAACUUACAUCCUAGAAGUAUCAUUACUGGGAAAUCAACAGAAAAUGGUAAUGGGCCUUCAAUGCACUAUAUUGCAAGAGAUGGACCUUCAUGUAUGUCAUCGUUUGAAGGCCAUGGCAUUGAUGACACUAACAACAAUGAAUUUUCAAUUGACAAGCAGCAAUGUGAGGUGAUGCUCACCAACGAAGAUGAUGCUGAGAAGGAGGCCACGGAUACUGAAAACUUUAAUACUGUUCACAUGAAUAGAAAUUCUGCAUCAGAAGAUAUUGCAGUUAAUUCAACUGAACUGAAUGCUAACUUGGGAAACAAUGUAACUGAGGCUAAGCCUCGAGUUUCUAAGCUGGAAGAAGAUGAAAUGAGAAGGGAAAGAAAAAGGCAGUUAAAUAGGGAGUCAGCUCGAAGAUCAAGAAUACGCAAGCAGCAAGAACUCGAAGAACUACAAAAUACUGUGGACAAUCUUAUCAGAGAAAAUUCCGCUCUCAAGAAGAAGCUAAUGAAACUUUCCGAGGACUGUAUGGAGCUCACCGAUUCAAACGACUCCAUUGAGAGAGAGCUCGUUGAGGAGUAUGGACCAGGAAUAAUUGCGGAUCUUGUGGCCACCAAGCCAGCUAGAAUCACUUCUGAUGAAAGCCCAAAAACAGCUCAGGAAGCACCUCUUCAAAAUCCAUCCAUUGACGUUGCCGGCCACUCUUGACCCUGGUUUCUUGAUCAGGCCAUGAAUCUUCUCUUUUUCUUUCUUUCUUUUAACGACAGAAGUGUAAUUUAUACAAAUGAUUUUAUUAAUUAUUCAUCCUCAUAUUAUAUUUAAUGGUUUACGGCUUAAAUUGUAAAAUCUCAAAAAUGAGUAAUUAGUAAGGACGACUUUGACA